CACGUUUUCCUUGAUGAAUAACCCCAAUCCUUUUGCUGAGUCCCCCGAAUCUCCGUUUGGGGGCUCCAAGCUCCUUGUUAGGGUUCGAUUCAUUGGCCUUGCUUUGUUCCAAGCUGUUCGUCGCGGCCAAGGAGACGAUCUUGAUUCCUUGAUUUAGCGGGGUAUUGAUCCCUGAUCAGGAUGUCUAUGCACGAGAGGAAGACGAUCGAUCUGGAGCAGGGAUGGGAGUUCAUGCAGAAGGGCAUCACCAAGCUGAAGAACAUAUUGGAAGGGCUCCCGGAGUCGCAGUUCAGCUCGGAGGACUACAUGAUGCUCUAUACGACUAUCUACAACAUGUGCACCCAGAAACCCCCGCAUGAUUACUCGCAGCAGCUGUAUGACAAAUACCGCGAGUCAUUUGAGGAAUACAUCACGUCGAUGGUACUUCCUUCUUUGAGAGUGAAGCAUGAUGAAUUUAUGUUGAGGGAGCUAGUUAAGAGAUGGCUAAAUCAUAAAGUUAUGGUCAGGUGGCUUUCACGUUUCUUUCAUUACCUUGAUCGCUACUUUAUCACACGGAGGUCACUUCCUCCACUAAAUGAAGUUGGGCUUACCUGCUUCCGUGACCUGGUCUAUCAGGAAGUCAAGGAUAAAGUCAAAGAUGCUGUCAUCUCCUUGAUUGAUCGAGAACGUGAGGGGGAACAAAUUGAUAGGGCUUUAUUAAAGAAUGUCUUGGACAUUUUCGUUGAAAUUGGAUUGGGUAAUAUGGAGUGUUACGAAAAUGACUUUGAAGCACAUUUGCUUAAAGACACUGCUGCCUAUUAUUCUAGGAAAGCUUCAAACUGGAUUCUAGAAGAUUCAUGCCCUGAUUACAUGUUAAAGGCAGAGGAGUGUUUAAAGCGUGAGAAGGACAGGGUUGCUCAUUACCUGCACUCUAGCAGUGAACAGAAGUUGUUAGAGAAAGUGCAACAUGAGCUACUAUAUGUCAAUGCUAGCCAACUUCUCGAAAAAGAACAUUCUGGAUGUCAUGGAUUACUUCGAGAUGAUAAGGUGGAUGAUCUCUCGCGGAUGUACAGACUCUUUUGUAGAAUACAACGUGGCUUAGAUCCUGUUUCUCAAAUAUUUAAGCAGCAUGUGACUAUUGAGGGCACUGCUCUAGUCAAACAGGCAGAAGACUCUGCAAGUAACAAAAAGGCUGAGAAAAGGGAUGUUGUUGGCCUACAAGAGCAGGUUUUUGUUAGAAAAGUUAUCGAACUACAUGACAAGUACUUGGCAUAUGUGAAUGAUUGCUUCCAGAAUCACUCCCUUUUUCACAAGGCACUCAAAGAGGCAUUUGAGGUUUUCUGCAACAAGGGUGUUGCAGGAAGCUCAAGUGCUGAGUUAUUGGCUACUUUUUGUGACAAUAUCCUUAAGAAAGGUGGAAGUGAAAAACUCAGUGAUGAAGCAAUCGAAGAGACACUUGAGAAGGUCGUAAAGUUGCUUGCUUAUAUUAGUGACAAAGAUCUGUUUGCCGAGUUCUAUAGGAAGAAGCUUGCUAGGAGGUUGCUCUUUGACAAAAGUGCCAAUGAUGACCAUGAGAGGAGCAUUUUGACAAAGCUGAAACAACAAUGCGGAGGGCAGUUUACUUCAAAGAUGGAGGGCAUGGUUACAGAUCUUACCCUUGCAAGGGAAAACCAAUCUGGUUUUGAGGAUUAUCUCAACAGUAAUGCUCAUGCAAAUCCAGGGAUUGAUCUUACUGUUACUGUUCUUACGACCGGAUUCUGGCCAAGUUACAAAUCAUUUGAUCUCAACCUUCCUGUCGAGAUGGUUAGUUGA